CACCGAGGGGAACCUCCGAUCUGAUGCGUGGGUCUCGUGUGCGCAGGCAGGCUCUUCACGGACGCCUCAUCGCACAGUAUCGGUGCCCUGAACAAGAUCAGCUUCGACACGCGCUUCGUGAUGAAGACUCUGAUGACCAUGUGUCCCGGGACGGUACUGCUGGUCUUCAGUGUUUCCUGCUGGGUGAUUGCUGCCUGGACCGUGCGCGUGUGUGAGAGGUACCACGAUGCCCAGCAGGUGACCAGCACCUUCCUGGGGGCAAUGUGGCUCAUCUCCAUCACCUUCCUGUCCAUCGGAUAUGGGGACAUGGUCCCUCACACCUACUGUGGCAAAGGGGUGUGUCUGCUGACCGGCAUCAUGGGCGCGGGCUGCACAGCGCUGGUGGUUGCCGUGGUAGCGAGGAAGUCGGAGCUCACCAGAGCAGAGAAGCACGUCCACAACUUCAUGAUGGACACUCAGCUUUAUAAAAAGGUGAAAAACACAGCAGCCAACGUUCUGAGGGAGACAUGGCUGAUCUACAAGUACACCAAACUGGUGAAGAAGAUUGAUCACGCCACUGUACGACACCACCAGAGGAAGUUUCUCCAGGCCAUCCACCAAUUACGCAGGGUCAAAAUGGAGCAGAGGAAACUAACUGACCAGGCCAACACAGUUGUUGACAUCGCAAAGACCCAGAACAUGAUGUACGACCUGGUGUCGGAGCUCCAGCGGCGCAGCGAGAACCUGGACCAUCGGAUCGCCGCGCUGGAGGAGAAACUGGACUCGGUCCUGCUGGGGGUGCAGUCCCUCCCCCUGGUGCUGUCCCAGGCCAUCGCUAAGCAACAGAAGGACUUCCUGGACAACCUGUCCUACCAGGUGCACUUCCUCCCCUCCUCCCUGGCUGAGGGUGGAGGUGGGGGGGCGGCCCCACGGCAGCUGUGCCCCUCCUCCACCGCACCCGACGACUCAUACCGCUGUUGAGGCUCGGGUGUACCCCACUUUUCUCGUCUGGCAUUAGUACAAUUAAGGUACCAUCUUGUCUAUCAAACUUUUGUUUGAAAUGGCACCAUGGCAAGGCAAAAACUGCAAACUGUAACUUUUGAUAGUUUUAUUUAACAGUUUUAUGGCUCUGGACAUUAGAAUGUGCACAACUUUAGACUGAACUUAGUUGUAGUUGAAGAGCUUAUAUUUUGGGCUACUGUGUAUGUUACCUGUAACCAAAUUGUAUCCACAAUGACUCUUUUAACUUGAUUAUUAUUUCUAAACUGUAACACAGCAGCACUUUUCUAAGGAUUUUAAGGUCGCUAUUUUGUUAUCUGAAAGGGAUGUGUCUAAUUUUAUUACUUCAUAAAUAUUGCAUUUAAUUGAAUGUGAACAGGAAAGUGUAAUUAUGGACUUGUUUAAAGAAGACUUUUGAUGAGAUUG